GCACCUUACAACACUCGCUUCUUCCAAGCCGGCCAGCACUCCUAUACGAUAACAAACAAUGGCAAGCGGCAGAGUGUUUUUACUGGCAGUUGUGUGCUCCCUCGUCAUCCUCACGAGCUUCAUCGGCAGCACGCAGUCCGCGAGCUGCUGCAUGAUGUACACCUCACGGCGUCUUCCAUGCCAACGCCUGAUUGGCUACACCAUCCAGACCAUCUUCGACUCCUGCGACAUCAACGCCGUCAUAUUCCACCUUCCCGGGCGGUUCGUGUGCGCCGACCCUUCAUCCAAGUGGACUCUGAGAUGCAUGAAGUGUUUCGAUGAAAGAAGGCGGAAGAGCAGUCUUGAGACCGCGAUGAGAAACACCAAGUCAACAUGAGCUGGACGGAGCAGCACAAAACUAUUUAUGGACCCAAGAAUCCUGAUUUUGGGGUCUUUUAUUAAAUUAUUAAAUUAUAUCUAUCUAUUAUAUUUAUUCUGUUUUAUAAACAGGGACGUGUUGUACAUAGUAUACACAGUGAACAGUACAUUGCAGUGACAGUGUCAACAACAAAUUAUGAAAACAUUGUUUUCGAGAAGUGUGUGUAUACAUGUGUGUAUACAUGUGUGUACGUGAUCUCUGAGCUCUGACAUUUUGAAGUCAGAAAAAUGAAGUAUGAAUGUUAAAGGUUUUGAUUGUAAUUUAUAUUGUCAACUAUUUUAUUAAAUUAUUAUGUUUGAUAAUA